AUGGCGCCUGUCCUCCGGGCCAGACAGAGUCUGUCCAAGGACAAGUUUUCCAGUUACUUUGGUAACCUCCGGAGUCAGCCAUACAACGACCCGAACAGCUCGCGAGGCGCGAGUGCAAACAGUCUACGGUGUAUCGCGUGGAAUCCGCUCGGAACACUGGUGGCCACAGGGUCGUCAGAGAGGGUCCUAAGAGUGUGGAACCCUGAGAAGCCUCACGUCAAGUUCUCAACAGAGCUCAAAGGCCACUCGGCCUCUAUCGAAAAGGUUGCUUUCAACCCGACCAAGGAUGCAGAGUUGUGCAGCGUGAGCAGCGACGGCGUGGUCAAGUUCUGGGAUGUCCGGACAAAGGCGUGCUUCAACGAAGUAAAGGGUCUUGGAGAUGCAUUCACGCUCGUCUGGGCUCCUGACGGACAGACGCUUCUAGUUGGAAACAAGGCCGACACCAUCUAUGUCUUGUCGCCUACUCAAGCUACCCCCAUCAGCUCCCACCAGCAACAUGUGCAAACUAACCAGAUCGCCUUCUGCUGGAGCGGCGAGAAGAUAUUCGCGACGACAGCAGAGGGACGUAUCCGAGUCCUCUCGUAUCCAGGUUUCGAACCUAUUCUCCAUACCAACCAUGGAGAUGAGUCUGAGGAAUUCCAACUCAAUGGGCACACGUCGUCAUGUUUGACGGCUGAGUUGCAGCCGACAGGACGGUAUCUUGCCACCGGUGGCUCGGAUUCGAUCAUUGCGCUGUGGGAUACAACGGAUUGGAUCUGUCAGAGGACUAUCACGAGGAUGGUUGGGCCGGUUCGAAGCCUCAGUUUCACGUUUGAUGGUAGCUUCGUGGUGGGAGGAAGUGACGAAGGUUCUGGCCUCGAGAUCUCUCACGUUGAAACUGGGGAGCACGUCCACACUUUCAAGACGGCAGGGGCUUGCCCUGUGGUGGCUUGGGCACCGACGCGAUAUUGCCUUGCUUACAGCGAUCUGGGGAUUCUCCGGAUUGUGGGGGUUGACGUUGACAGAAAAUAA